AUUAGAGACAACCUCUUCGAUUCACCCGACGCCGCUCCGGUCCGGCCUGCGGAGUCGCCCUCGCAUUGCGUCCAACUGAGGAGGCGCAAACUUUCGUGGCCACCACCGCAAAAGUCAUACCACCGUUGGCAUACGAGAGUACCGUUUCGUGCCGUGGCAUUGCCUUUCUUAUCCUUAUAUUUUCUCCUUUCCUGUGGUGUUUCGCUCGCCAUGGCAUUCGAAGGCUUUUUCUUCAGGUCGCCCACCUCCUACGAACCGCCUUCCCUCAACCUGCAACAAGCCAUGGUUCACGAUUCGCAUCCCGCCUUUGACCAUCUCGUCCUUCUCGUGUUCUCGGCCGUCCUCCAGGUCGUCUGCGUCAGCUUACCGGGCUACAUCAUCGCACGCCUGGGUCAUUUCGAUACCGACAAACAAAAGUUCCUCGCGAACCUCAAUGUGAUGCUUUUCACCCCCUGUCUAAUCUUCACCAAGCUUGCCUCUCAAUUGAAUGCCAAUAAACUCCUCGAACUCGGCAUCAUCCCUGUUAUUUUCAUCAUCCAGACCCUAGUGUCAUGGAUCGUCUCCAUCACCGUCGCCAGACUUAUGGGCUUCAGCCGCCGGGCCUCCAACUUUGUCACGGCAAUGGGGGUCUUCGGAAACUCCAACUCGCUGCCCAUCUCUCUUGUCAUUUCCCUCUCUCAGACGAUCAAAGGACUACACUGGGAUCGCAUCGCCGAUGACUCCGACGAUAAGGUCGCCGCCCGAGGUAUCCUCUACCUCCUGAUUUUCCAGCAACUGGGUCAGCUCGUGAGGUGGAGUUGGGGUUAUCAUGUUCUCCUCGCCCCCAAGGACAAAUACCCCGAAUAUCAGGACCAGCAAGUGGAGGAUGGACGUUAUUCCCCGGAGCAGAAUCAACAUCGGUAUCGUGAACAUGGUGAUGACCAUGAGACCACCCCUCUCCUCUCGUCGUUGGGCGGCGAUACGGCUGCCAGCUCCCGUAAUGUGUCGACUAGCAACCUGUCGCAUUUGGACCUCGAUGGCCGCACUCCCGUUAUGAACCGUUCGCACGUGUCUCUCCUCCAAGCGGAUUCUGACGACGACGACCUCUUUACUCCCAGGAAGGCCAGACACCAGAACGGCACGACGCCCGCUCAUCACACCGAUAUCAACGACCACGACGACCUCCUCUCGUUUCCUCGCAUCCGUACCAUGAGUGAGCCUGACAUUCCCAAUGGAGUGGAAGGUCUUCCAGCACGUGCCAAGGCAUUCCUCAGCCACAAAGCCGCCGCCUGCCAACGCUCCACAGUGAACUUGCUCACGAGGAUACGAGACAGCCUCCCGCGGCCCAUCCGGAUCGUGCUGGACAAGGUGGUCGGGCUGGGCGCCAUGGUCUACAAUUUCCUCUGGCAGUUCAUGAACCCGCCGCUCUGGGCCAUGCUCAUUUCCAUCGUCGUCGCGUCCGUGCCGGGGUUGCAGAGCCUCUUUUUCUCGCCCGGCACGUUCAUACGGAACAGUGUGACGAGCGCGGUCAUCUCGAGCGGCAACGUCGCCGUGCCGCUCAUCCUCGUGGUGCUGGGCGCGAACCUCGCGCGCAACACGCAGAAGCACGAAACCCACUGCGAUGCCGAGGAGAAGCAAAUCGGGCGUAGGCUGCUGAUCGCGUCUCUCGUCUGCCGCAUGCUCCUCCCUACGCUCAUCAUGGCGCCCAUCCUCGCCCUCUUCGCCAAGUACGUCCCGGUCAGCAUUCUGGACGACCCCAUCUUCGUCAUUGUCUGCUUCCUCCUCACGGGCGCGCCUAGUGCGCUCCAGCUGGCUCAGAUUUGCCAGAUUAACGAGGUGUACGAGGGGGUUAUGUCUAACAUUCUCUUCCAGAGCUAUGUUAUCUGGAUUUUGCCUUCGACCCUGGUGCUCGUCAUGUGUGCCCUGGAAGUGGUUGAAUGGGCCCUGUAAAGCAUUGCUUUCCACCCCA